GCAGCAGCAAUCGCAUAACUGAGGGGGAAUCAUGCCAGCUGGCGUGUCGUGGGGUCAGUAUAGCAAGUUCCUGGCCAGCGCAAUGCUGGCCAUGAUGGCCGGCUCCCAGGCGGUCCAUCUGUACUACAAGCCGCUCGAAGACCUGCCCGUCUACAUAGAGCGAGAGCAGCAUCCACCCGCCAAUCAGCAGCCUAAGCGAUAAUCAUAAACCACAACAAAAUAUUCUGUAAGAAUUAUUGUUUAUUGACUUAAUCUAAUUAAAUUUGAUUUGUUAGACAGAUA